AUGCGGCGCGUUGUUGUAACAGGCCUUGGUGCGGUGACGCCGCUCGGUGUAGACUCCGGAGGUCUCGAGCUUCUGCGUCCCCACUUGCCACGCCCAAAGGGGAAGGUUGUGACAGCCAAUGAUGGUGGAGAUGCCGGCGUUCGGCAUACAUGGAAACGCUUACUGGAUGGCCAUUGCGGCGUUGUUAAUGUGAAAGAUCGCGAUGAGCGCUUCGCUGAACAGCCCUGUCAGGUUGCUGCCGUUGUGCCCCAGGGCAGUCGCGAGGAUGGAGGAUGGACUGCCUCGGAAUGGCUGGGUCGGGGUGAUGAGCGAAAAAUGGCCAAAUUCGCGCAGUAUGCCAUGGCGGCGACUGAGGAGGCGCUUCAAGAUGCGGAAUGGAAGCCUGAGCCUUUUGAACAGAGAGAGGUAACGGGAGUCUGUUUGGGAUCAGGCAUUGGAAACUUUGAGGAAAUGUACAAUACCACUAUAGCCUACGACAGAGGGGGCUACAAAAAGGUUAAUCCGCUAUUUGUCCCAAAGCUUCUGAUUAAUCUCGGUGCUGGACACAUCUCUAUGAAGUAUGGUUUCAUGGGCCCGAAUCAUUCUGCAACAACAGCUUGCACGACUGGUGCCCAUUCUGUUGGCGAUGCUGCUCGGUUCAUUGUUUGCGGCGAUGCCGAUGUGAUGGUCGCCGGUGGUGCUGAGUCUUGCAUUCAUCCUUUAGCCAUCGGUGGAUUUGCUCGCGCAAGGAGUCUAGCCUCGACAUUCAACGACACUCCGGAGAAGGCGUCGCGGCCAUUUGACGCUGACCGUGGAGGCUUCGUAGUUGGCGAAGGCGCAGCUGUGUUGAUUCUUGAGGAACUAGAACAUGCACUCGCAAGAGGGGCUCGUAUCUAUGCAGAGCUCAAAGGGUAUGGCUGCUCCAGCGACGCGCACCACAUGACUUCGCCCAAGGACAACGGCGAAGGCGCGUUUAUGGCCAUGAAAAAAGCACUUAAGCAAGCCCAGUUACGACCUGCUUCGGUAGACUAUAUUAAUGCACAUGCAACUUCAACCAUUGUCGGCGAUGCUGCCGAGAACGCUGCUAUCAAAUCCCUUUUUCUUGGUCCUGAUGGCAAGCAGAAGGCUGCUGAUGUGAAUGUUAGCAGCACAAAGGGUGCCCUUGGUCAUCUUCUUGGUGGUGCUGGUGCCAUCGAAGCUCUGAUCAGUGUACUUGCAAUCCACGAAAACACCAUGCCUCCCACUAUCAAUCUUGACCGUUUGGCCGAUGGCUUUGAUUGCAACUAUGCGCCUAAAGAUCCCCAGUCACGACAGAUUGAUGUUGCCUUGACAAACAGCUUUGGAUUCGGCGGUACAAACAGUACGUUCUGUAUCUCCUUACUUCCUCAGUUUGCGCUCACCAUGGCGAACAAUGGUGACCCCGGUCGAGGAUCGGGAAGUCUGGUUGAUGCGUCCGGGUACACCUUCACGGACAAGGAUACCAAACCCGGCAAGAUCAAGGUGAAGAAGACAUCCAAAGCGUCAAGCAAGAAGAAAGCAGACGAAGCUAAAGAUGGCCCUAUUGAUACCUCCCCUACCGCAUCUCCCCUCCCCGUCCUCGACAGCAAGGUCGUCUCCGUGUUUCCGACCGGCAAGCCGCGCGAGGAUGACCUCAUUGAAACCGUUAUCUGCAAGCACUGCAAGCGUCCUACCCUUAAACAAACUGCGGCGGAACAUGUGCGCGGCUGCCUCAAGGCCAAGCAGGAGAAGGCGCGCAAGAAGAAGGAAGCCCGCGACGCGGCCAAUCGCCUGAAGGCCGGCGAUGAUAGAGACGACGAUGGCCCCGACAGGCUGGAUGGAGAAACUGCUAAUAUGGGCCAGAAGAGCGCCAAGAAGAGCGCUACAAAGGGCACCGAGGAUGGCAACAGAAAGGGCAAGAAGCGCAAGGCCGAUGAAGACGAUAGCAAGGAGUCAAAGAAAAAGAAGAAGAAGGACGAGCCUAAGCAGAAGACUGCUAAACCGAAAGGUCCUGUCGAUGUCGAGAAACAAUGCGGUGUCAUCCUGCCCAACGGCGCGCAGUGCGCCCGAUCCUUGACCUGCAAGAGCCAUUCGAUGGGCGCCAAGCGCUCGGUUCCUGGCCGAACUCUGCCGUAUGAUAUGUUGCUUCAGCAGUAUCAGAAGAAGAACCAAGCUCGCCAGCAGAAGGCUGCUAUCGAUGCCAAUGCCCCUCUGCAAGAGGAUAUCGAGACUACCGGACCUAUUGACUCAGACGAAGAAAGAGAUGCUGUCAUGGCUGCUAUAGCCCGCUCUGCUCCUCAACCCCUUGUUCGCCAUCCCGUCAUUACCACCAAAUCGAAGUACCGCUACGUUCGCAUCAAGGAGCAAAUGUCGCACGCCAUGGGAGUUCGAAGCGGUGGUGGUCUUUUCUCCAACGAUGAUAGCCAGCCCCUUUUCGGUGGUAUUCUCUUCUCGACUGUCGCCAACGAUAUGGACUCUUCUUCCAUUGACGCCAAUGGAGAAAUGGACCCCUCUCUUGGUGCAAUCGACGCAAGCAACAGAUCCGCUGUCCCGGGUGGGCGGAAGUCUUCCGUCACCACAGCUUAA